CUCUUUUGCCUUGCACCGCACAGUUCUGGCGAGAAGAGCACAGAGAAAAUGUCUGGAAGAUUUGCACCCAAGGUCCCCGUCCAGCUGGACCCUCCCAAGGACGACCCGAUAUCUCUGGAAGACUUGGCAAAGGCCAACGGCACAAACGGAGAAAAGAGCUAUGUUGCAAUCAAAGGCAAAGUUUAUGAUGUGUCCGGCAACAAGAUGUACCAGCCUGGAGGCUCAUAUCAUGUGUUCGCCGGCAAAGAUGCUUCCAGAGCAUUAGGCAUGACAUCCGUCAAGCCAGAAGACGUCCGACCAGAUUGGCACGAUCUUCCCGAUAAGGAAAAGGGCGUUCUUGAGGAUUGGAUAACUUUCUUCUCUAAGAGAUAUAACGUGGUGGGAGUUGUAGAGGGAGCCACCAAUCAGUAAAUGUUUGGUACCUUAUUUGGGCGUCAGAAUAGUAUGUAUAUAUGAGAUGUGGGCAUUGAACAGUUGGCACUACCUAAUACUACAUCACAACAGCCAUAGUUGCUUGAGAUUCAUACGUAAUGAGUUGGCACGAAAAAAAGCAUGUACC